AUGCCCUCCACGAACGACAACCUCCUCGACAUCGACGACGAGCAGGUUCUGAGCGAGGCACCAACUUCAGCAGCUCCCGUAGCUGCCAAGAAAGAAAAGAAGAGCAAGAAGAAGAAAGGCAGCAGCAAUGUUGCGAAGACGAGAGCAAAUAUCGAGGAUGAAGAGCCUAUGGCAUUUGCGAGCUCGGUGAGCCCUUCGCCGCCAGAUAAUUAUGGCGUGCAACUCGAUACUCCUCCACGAGUCGCAUCCGCACCUCCUCGAGAAGCGCCUUCUCCUCCACCAGUCUUCCCCGGCCCCGAACUACUGGAAGAGCAGUACGGAGGUUUGGAAGAGCUUGCCUUGGACGACGAAACUCCAGACAUCGCGCAAGUCGAACCAAUCUGCCCUCCUUCACCAGGUCCACCACCUGCGCCCAUUCGUUCACCAACAGCCCGGCCAGUCCUUCUCUCUUCACCGCGGCCAGCAGCAGCGAUCCCGGCCAUACCUCCCGCGUCAUCAGCUUACCGGCCAGCAAGCGUUGCGAGACCGCCACAUUAUUACUCAGCCCGCGGCGCUUAUCGAGCAAACAGCAUGACCACCCCGCCUGGACAAUACAUGCCGCGACGAGACUCUUAUUCCGCACAGCAAAGAUCGCCCGAACCACGAGCACUUGAUCCACCACUUCCACAUAUGCCGCAGCAGCAUUUCUUCGGUCUACCGGACCGGGGUGCCGGCUUAGCACAGAAGCAAGAGCAUGUUGGUCAGCCUGCUGGUUCGGAUGGUUACUGCUGUCGUUUUGACAGCUUUGCAGCAGCUGGUGAUCCGGCGUCCGCACGGAAAGCAAGAGAUGCAUUGUUAGUCGGCUCAGAGGGUGCGCUCGACGUUUACAAGGUGCUGCCCGAUAGGAUGGAGCUUGCCGGAAGACUCGAGGGGCUGAGUGGCGCAGUCAUUGAUGCGAAGGUUCUGCCUCAUACGAGUGUAUACGACUCGGUGCAGGUUCUACGACCACUCGUGGCAGUAAUCGUCCAUGGGCCAGCGAGAGAUGAUAACGAGGAAGCUGUAGAGGACGAUGUCAAGGACGGCAACCUCUACCAGACAGUGGUGGAGGUCUAUUCAUUACAUACGCACGAGCAAAUUACGACGCUGUAUCAGAGUACCACAGUCCGGAAAGAUCAGCCAGUCAUGGGACAUCUUGCCUUACCACCCAAGCCAGUUGGCGAGCUCAGCUUGAACGCAGCAGGCAGCUUUAUAACAAUCUCUUCUGGGAGAAGUGGCGAGGUCUUCGUCUUCUCAGCCGCUACGAGCGAUGAGACCAACGGGAUGAACUUUCGAUGCAUUGGCAAGUACUGGACAGCGAUACAGCGGAGACUUGAUACUUCUCGACCAUCUACAGCAGUUGAUGGCAGUAGCGUGAACACCACAAAUACACCUCCUUGCGUGCCGCUGAUGACGUUGAGUGCUCGCUGGCUUGCCAUCGUGCCACCUUAUACCACGCCCGGUAUGUCCAUUCAAGGCACGCCACUGGUCGCGGACGAAGGACCACAGCCUCACGGUCUAGGCACGCACGUUGCACCAUCACAGCCAUUGCUUACGUGUGAAGUCGCUGGUGUUGACAUCGAGAGCACGUUAGACUGGCUGUCUCGCACAGCUGCUCAGGGACUUGUGAAAGCGUCACAGAAAGGCUACGAGAUGGGCAUACAAGGCUGGAAGGAGCUCACGCAUCCCUCUCCACCUUCCAGCACGCAAAAACCAAGUGCCGAUCCUGCGAGUAUGUUUCCGCCUACGAACGGACCGAGCGACGACCCUAGACGACUUGCUAAAGAGCCUGCGAUUGUAUCUAUUAUUGAUCUGCAAAGAUUGCUGGAGGCAGACGAGCAGAGGCUCAAGCAGGUACCCGCGCCUUUGGCCACGUUCGCGUUAGUGGAAGGAUGCAAUUAUUUGAGCUUCCCGCCCGAUGGCCUACGGCUACUCACAAGCAACCGCAAAGGUGAAGUCACAAGUAUCUGGAAUCUUGCCAACGCUGCGCACGGGAGUACGAAGAAGGACAGCGUGAAGCCUGGCGAAGUCGAGCAUGCACCCCAUGUGAAGCUAAUGCGACGGAUCGCUCGCAGCAGCCCCUCUGUGAUCGCAGACAGCGUAUGGACACGAGAUGGCGAUUGGUUAGCUCUACUCACGACUCACGGUACAAUUCACUUGCACGAGACGCCUGUCACCGCUCCACGAAAGCGCAACCGUGCAAGUACAAUUGCAGCGCCGGCCCCAGAGAAGGCAGAAGCCACUGUCAGCCUCUCGCAAGGCUUCUCGCCACCCAGCAAUGGCUUCUUUGGUGGCCUGCGAGCUAUGUCAAGGACCGUGAGCACGGGCGUGAACGCAGUCAAGACACAAUACGCUCUACCAACCUCUUUCGCUGGCUUUCGCGAGACUGCAGCAGCAGCACGCACAGCAGGACAAAGGGUAGUGGCGAAAGGUUUGCGCGAUGGCUACAGUGCUGCACGAAGUGGUGUGGGCGACAUGUGGCACGCUGAAGACAACAAGGUCCGACCGAAAGCUUUGCAGGAAGGUACGGUGAAGGCAGGGAGUAUCCAAUGGGUACAGAAGCAGAGCGGCUCUAAUCUCGCUGUGGUUGCUGGCGGUACCGUCCAUCUGCACCCUGUGCAGCGUGUCAUGAGGCAGAAAGGAGAUGCAAUGGUGUCGGGACUCAAAAAGGACAAGAAGAGCCGCGACUUUCCACUCCCACGCAUCAGCACCAUUAGGGACGGUGCCCUGAACAAGGCAAAUGCUAAUUGUGCCAAAGCUGGUCCGCACGGCUUCUGGAGUCUCCGUCUCAACUCCAACGAGGAAGACAAGACACACAAGCGUGCGAGUAGCGUCCCAACGUCUCUGCCGACCACGAGCUUGAAUGAAGUCGAGACUAACCCGCCAUACUGUCCUUUCCACAUUGACAAUCGUGUCAGCAUCUUCGCAUACGAGGACAGUACAUACGGCAGCGCCGCAGACCUGCAAGGCCAACUUAAUGAACAGGCUAUGUUCGCUUUCAAGACAAAAGGGACUGGCUUUGCUGAACACGAUGAGCCGUGGAUGUUUGGUGAAGCUUUACCGACUAGCGUCAAGCUGAACGAGCAUGCUCGCAACGACACCUCUUCCUCUCCUCGAGCUCAGCAGGACUAUGAGGACGAUGAUGUCGAUGCGGCGAUAGUGGCAGGCAUGAUUGAGAGUCGACUCACUGUCCACAGGUCUACGGAGGACGGCAGGCAAGAGAUCCGGGUUCAUUCUCGGCCCUCGGCGAGGAGGGGAGGGAGUGCUAUGAUGGAGGAGGUGGCGGGCUUUGAUGUUGUUGAGGAUGAGGGCGAGUCGUUGUAUUGA